AUGUGGCGUUUGGAGUAUGAUACCCGGCAGUUGUAGGUCGAGCAGUCUCGGUUUCCGCUCGUGCUUUAUUCGCAGAUUUUUUAUUAUCACUGCCGGCGAACCGUGCUCACAACAAACUAGAUCACUUUUUAAGUAUCGGGGAUAUCAACCGGUAAAAUUUUGGCUAUUCAUUUAUCCAUCUAUCGAAAUUGGCUUAGACUGCUCAGUCACCAUUGCUGACGACGACGACUACAACGACGCCUCUCCGCCAAUACGUGAAAGGCGACGCGAGAGUCCUCGCGGCAGCGGCGGCGGCGGCGGCGGUGACGACGACAACGACGACGACGAAGACGAAGAUAACAACGACGACGACGACAAGACAACGGUAUCACAGUCACGCAAAACGUGUGUCACUAAGCAGGUUCGACGGAGGCAACUACUAGAAUUCCAUUCCUGCGGAAUCUACAAACGCGACGUUGGACCGCGUACGAUGACGAGGUCGCAUCCACAAUGACGUCGAUGGCGAUUAGUCGUCGCGAUUUAGUGAGAGUGCACCGAAACUCGUGAUUAAACAUCGAUUGUACAUACUAAAGUGAACAUAUCAUCGUGAAUGCAUUGUAGAAGAACGAAGAAAGAUCCUCAAGGAAAACAUUAACAUUAAGCGCACGAAUAUCUCGCUGUGAGGCAUCUACUGAAAAAAGCAAUUACUCUCUCUUCUCUCUUUCUCUCUCUCCCUGUUUAUUAGAUAUCCUUUCACUGUACGUCGAAACCAAGCUGCCUGAUUUGUCGGAGCAACAUCAGAAUACCGAUAUUCCACGAUCAUCGGACGACGAGAGAAAACUAUGACAAAACUCCAAUUCAGUGAGGCGUCAUCGACGCGAAGAAGGGGCGGACAGUGUUCGACAGGAAGGGUUUAGCGGAUUCGCACGAGAGUCGCCAGUAUCAUCGCCCCAUCGUAGCACUGAGCGACUACUGAGAGCACGCGCCCCGGCGGCCCUUGCCGUCGAGACGUGGUCGGCCGGCACACAGUCGGCGGUCGGCACGGGCAUAGGGAGGACGAUGGCAUUGCGCGUCGCGCACUCCCCUAGGAAGCCGACAGUACAGAAAAGCUCGCACGCGGAUCCGCACCACAGCGCGCACGACACCUCAGCGAUCAGUCGACGUUGCCCGCGAUUAUUAGCGGUUACAGCAGCGACCGUGCACCGACAGCAGCGACUGCGGGAACAGACAAUUUCCAGCGACGCAGCAGGACUAGUGGCUGCCAUCGCACGUUCUUCGCAAUUCGGUCAUCGCAUCGUUUGGCGUUCCAUCGUUGUCGGGUGGUAGUUUUUCUUCUUUUCCCCCGGGCGAGAAGUCAAGGACGAGAGAGAGAGAGAGAGAAAGGAAGAAAGAGAAAAAGUGAAGGAGGGCAAGAGAGAGAGAGUGUGUGUGUGCGCGCGUGUGCGCGUGUGCUGUGUACGCGAGAGCGAGAAAGAGAGAGAGAGGGAGGGAGAGGAUUUUGUACACAUCGAGCAGAGCAGUCACUGUGUUCGGAGGGAAAGUUUCUGCGGGGAGGGAGGGGCCGGAAAACACGCGCGAGGAUGAUCGAUAACGCCGCUGAGUCGGAGUCCGCGAUCGGCAAUCGGGCCUGCUAGGAGAGAACAACGUAGCGAUCCGUCCGCAGCGAUUGUAGCAAAAGAGGGUGAAUAGCGGCGUGCUCGCGCUCAGCUCCGUGUAUAACGUUAUCGUUGUUGUCUCGACACGACUCGCGGAAACCCGAAACAUGGGCACGCGCGCGCGUUGAUUGACUCCGGCGAAGGUCGCCACUAGUAGCGAUAGCGAGCUGCGAGAGGACAGAGAGAGAGAGAGAGAAAAAAAAGAGAGAGAGAGAGAGGGAUAGUAAAGGACAGAGUGCGCGACCAGCCCUUCCUCCCCUUCUGGGGCAAGCCGCCGCCGUCGAGGUAGCGAGUAUGUCCGGCGAGCGACGAGGAAGACGCGGUGAGAAUGUCGCGAGGACAUCGCGAGGAAGCACGCACGCACGAGGACCCGUUAUCAAUUCACGACUGUGAUUUCUAAGCUUAAGGUUACAUUAUCACGUAUCUAACAUUGUCAAGAGGAUAAAACAAACAAAAUCGUCCAUUGUGAUAUUAUGAUAUAUACAGCGAGAGAUCGCGCAAGGGGGGGAGGUGUAGGCAUCCACGUGCGCUCUCACGGGGAAUCAGCAACUGGGUCGCAUGAAUGAAUGAAUGAAUGAACGAACGAACGAAUGAACGAACGAACGCCACAAUGCGAGGUGCGAUGGCGAGUGCGGCACGCGACGCGAGUGUGUUCGAUCGGGAUAAUAAUGGUUGAUGGCGGUGUUUGCGCCGAAUCCACGGACUGUGAUACACUGAUAACUUGAAGCCUGUUAUCCGAUCUCUGUGACGACGACAACGUCGAGAAGGCGCUGGCAAAUUGCGCCCGCUGUAUUACUGGGACGUGCAGCGCUGCGAAUGAUCGGGACGGGAUAACGAAUCACCUUCGAUGUGGAAUUUCGUUCAUCACUGUGCCAUGAUAAAUCGCCAGUGGCACGCACGAUUCAAUAAGCGACACUGGUCGCUGAAAAAAGAGCUCAACCGACGACUGAGCAACCGUGAACUGCGGGCAGACAUUGAUGAGACACGGGUUCCGAGUGUCACCGGCAAAUAACGAUUAUUAACGAGGGAAAAGGAGAAAAAAAAGAAAGAAGAAAGAAAAACAGCAAGGUAGUACGCAGUACGAGAAGAGAAAAAGGGGAGAGAACA